AUGUCAGUAAACGAUGAGAACAAUAAACUUGUGACCUCAUCCGGACGGCCAAGGCGUCGAACGACACUGCAUGUGGACUAUAAAGAAAAAAGAGAGACGGAUAUUCCUCUGCUACGGGUUCAUGCUGGGUCAAAGCACUCGAACAACAAGAGGGGAAGGGGAUCUAAGUCACAUGCCACUGGAUCUCAUAGGAUUGCUUCUCGCGGAAAUGGUUCAUCUUCUUCUAUUGACUACAUACCGGUGGAUGAGAUAAUCCCAUACAAUUGGCAGCCGAAAGUUGGUAUCAACGACAAUUUUAACUACAUUCCCAACAUGAAGGGUGCAAAGAUACACGGCAACACGUUGAAAUUCAACGAUGGAGUGAAGAUUUCCAAAGGUGACUGCAUCUACAUGAUUUGCGAACCACCAUCUGAACCUUUCUACCUGGCAAUGGUCACCGGGUUUAUAAACAGCAAAAACAAGCAGAUGCGAGGAACCGAUUACGAGACUUCGAUGCCAGCAUCCGAGUUCAUGUUUGAGGUUCUGUGGUUUUAUCGACCCAGGGAUAUUUCGCGGCAUUCCAUCGACUCGAGGUUUUUAUUUGCUACUGUGCACAAGGACUUAUGCCCAAUACAGAGCUUCCGGGGCUUUGUCACCAUUAAGCAUGCGAGCGAGAUCGAGGACCUGAAAGAGUACAAGAAGCAGAAGAACUGCUUCUAUUUCGAAAAGCUUUACGACAGAUACAUGAUGAAAACGUACGAUAUGAUUUCCACAAAGGAGAUGACGAACCUCCCUCCGAAUUACUACAAAGCACUCAACAAGAGGUUCUCCUUCAUCUUUCUAGAGGCGGGACACGGGGAGAAUCUUCUUGCCGAGCCUCAGAAUUGUGAGAAAUGUCACCAGUGGUGUCCGACCUCGGAAUCCAUCCAAUGCUUUCAAUGUGGCAAGAUGUAUCAUUUAAUGUGUGUGGACCCACCCAUGACCUCGCGCCCAAAGCGAGGGUUUGCCUGGUACUGCAAUUCGUGCACACGCCGAAUGGAGGAGGAGAUAAAUUCUAAAAGAGGCUACAUGCUUGAGAGUGCACUUCCCUCGCAGAUAGUGGCAAACAUGGAGAAGCAAGGCGACAAGCAGCAGCAGGAUGCAGGCAAUUCAUCAAAGGAAGAAGAUGUAGAUGCGAAAAAUGGAUCUGAGAACUUGAAGCCAAAGGAGGCCAGAAACUUGGUCCCCAAGUAUGAGGUACUAGCGACAAAGUUCCUCGAGAAGGAUAAGAACUUAUCGUUUAAGGAACGCCGGGAGAUUGAGGAGUGGCCCUGGAGAUACUUGGGAGUACACUCCCGAUUGGAGGAUGCGAUGGAUUUGCAGGAUCGACCAUAUCCGAGGGCUUCAUCUAGGCUUGGUUCACGAUACCAGUGCACCGGAAUUCCAGACUGGUAUGGGCAUCGUGUCAUUUACUAUGACACGGAUAAGCCUGUCAAACCAAAGCGUAGGGCUGCUCAGAAAAGCAGGCUCUCUGUAAAGCCUAAAGGCAGCCGUAGGACCAGAUCCCAUUCUCCUGCUCUUAAGGUGUUCACCGAGGACCCUUUGGCCAAGAAGAAGAUGCCGAUUCCAUCUGAGUUUGCCGGUCAGGACACGUCGAAGUUUCCUGGCUGGUUGCAACCCAGACCAAACGGAUAUAUAGAGAGAGGAGGCAACGAUACGGUUAGCUUGAUGUGGGAAGAGCCAGAAGGUAAAGAGCGAGAAGAAGAAGUAGCACAGUAUGUGGAAAAGUGCGAGCCGAUUGCCAAACGAUUGGACAUCAACCCAUGGACGCCAAACUUCAUGGAUGCCAUUCUCAAAAUACUUCUGCGGCACAAUUACCAAGCAGAACCCGCCAUAUUGGAUGCAGAAAAGCUAACGAGAGCAAUCUUGAAGGAGCCAACCUUCUCUCCGGAGGAGGUGAAGCGGUUUGAGGAUUCAGUCAGGAUCCACGGAGAUGAGUUGCGUCUCGUUUACAAAGACAUCAAAACACAGCCAUCAUCGAUGGUUGUGCGGUUUUACUACAUGUGGAAGAAGACCAAGAACGGACACAAGAUAUGGGACAACUAUCCGUACCGUCCCAAGAACCGAUUUAAGUACAUCAAGAACACCGAAUUGGACUUGGACGACUCCGAUGACGAUGCCGCGUACAGCAGCAAGAAGAUUGUGGAUAAAGGUGUGAAGUUCAAAUGCAUCUACUGCCAGGCAACGCAUUCCACACAAUGGUUCAGGGCUCCGGGAACAACACUGCCGAAAUCCGCGGAUGAAACGUGCGAGGGGCUGUGCUUCCGAUGCUGCAAGCUGUGGAGAAGAUAUGCCAUUGAGUGGAUGAGUCCCGAGGUCAUCUUGAAGAAAAUUUCCCAAAAGGGGUCUGGGUGGAAAUGGAGGCUUGAAUCUGAGCUCAGGGAGGAUUUUGAAGACAUCAUUGCUGCAAGAGAAAACUACCAUCACCACCAGAAACGCGCAAACGAGGCCAAUUUGAAGAGGCUUGCCGAACAGAAGGCGAUAACCAUAGAUGGAACAAAGCCCACUGUGGGCAGGCAUCCAAAUAUAAAGGCCAAAGUUGCCGGCGACUCUCACAAGAAGCAGGCUAACGAGCAGAAGGCAAAGAUCAAGAUUGAGGAGGAUACCAGCGACAACGAGUAUACCAGCUCCUCGGACAUAGGAGCUGCUUCUUCCAGAAGCUACUCGACCGAUUCCCUUUCAGCGUUGAAAUCAGAGGAGAACAGGUCUCCGACCUCCAUUUCAUCGAAAAAGCGGCACCAAAGUACGUUUAGCGUUACCAUCCCGAUGUCGAAGAAAGCAAAGAAGGGCAAGGCAAAGCCACAGACAAGAAAACGUGGUCGCAGAGACAGGUCAAGUGUCGUGAUGAACGACCCGUUAUUUGUGCAAAUGUCGUCUCGAUACAAAUCAAAGUUCAAUAUCUACAAUCCGUUUACCGCAAAUGCAGCCGACAAAGUACCCUUGCCGCAAACCAGGAGUGCAAUGCGGGAUAUAGCCACCUUCUGGAAGGCGUAUGUCAACUCGAAGAGGAGAAGUAAGGCCAAGUCUGCCACUGCCAUUAAAGUGGCCAAGCCGCUUUUUGACCCGGCAUCCAGACCAUGCUGUGUCUGCCGGGAGUACGGAUCGCUGAACGAGAUGCUAAUAUGCUCAAACUGUGGCCUCAACGUCCAUGCUUCUUGUUAUGGAAUCGAUCUCGGCAAUUGCAACUUCGAACAGCCUCCCUACAUGUACAAGUGGCACUGCGACCCUUGCUCAAACGACAUACACCCACUUGUAUCGACACAGUAUGUCUGCUGCAUGUGCAAUGCUCGUGAGAGUGACCAUGAUGGUGCCAUGCAUGGAGAUAGAGAAUCGAUUCCUGAUGCUUUGAAGCGGACUCUAAGCGGCAGAUGGUGUCAUGUUGAAUGCUCUGUUUUCACAAAGGAGAUCACCUUUGGAGAUGCGAGAAACAUGCAGCCGGUGUUGGGAACACAGCUGGCCAACUUUGCCAAUAUACCGCACAGAUGCUCUGUGUGCGGUGGGAAUAGUGGUGGUCUCAUUGAGUGCAAGUCAUGCGGCCAAACUUUUCAUGUUACCUGCUGCCAGGACCACCCUGGCAUCUUUUUGGGCUUCUAUCUGGUGGAAAACGAUCAGCUGUACGCAAACGAUGCAUAUGCACAAAAUGCACUGGGAUCGAACAAAUGUUACGUGAAAAUAGCUGAAGAUGGCCGCUCUGGGUUUAUUGUACCGGUUGUUUUGUGCCGCAGCCACAUCACAGAUCCAAGUCGCAGAAGUUUUGGCGGAAAUAGGCUUUACACUAUGAGAACAGUUGUCUACAUGAUAUCAAACACUCGUGUGGUCGACUCCGAACAAAUGCCGCUAAUUAAAGCAUUCUGUGCCUGUGCAAAACAGGAUCGCAAGCAUCUGCAAGCUGGAGAGUUGAAAAGAUACACUUACGAAAAGAUGCUCGAGUUGUAUGACAAAAGAACAACCAAAAAGGACCAUGAAACGGUGCCAAUUCAAAGUAGUGACGCAUUGUCCAAGAUAAGCGAGUUUGACCAGUGUUACAAAUGCAUCUACUGCCACAAUGGUAACACAGUUGAGUGGCAUGAGAACGAUCAUGGUGCAAAGGUGUGUCACAAGUGCUUUGUGCGGCUGCAAAAGCACGUUCCACUGUUUGAUAAGCUGCCUGAUCUAUCCGAGAUAAGCGAUAAUAUUGGUGAAAAGAGCAUCGAGCAACCAGAAGGUAUAAAAAAGAGGCGCACGCACAUCUCGAUUAGCGACAUACUUUCGUAG